AAUUGUCCGUGUCUGUGAGUGUGUGAGUGAGUGAGUCUGUGUGAGUCUGUGAGUUUCCUUGUGUCCGGAGCUCAAGUGUGUGGACCGAAGCUUUUCACGAUCGAGCCAGCCCUAGCGCAAGCUUCCCCUUACGUUUCAGGACCGCCCGGAGCUCCAUUCCCAAUGGCUAUGGGGCGGACUGUGCUGCACAUGCCGUCGGGCCACACUGGCGUGGUCGCGAAGCUCCACCCGACCGUGCUCUUUAACAUCUCCGACUCGUAUAUCCGCCGUAACGACCAGCAGGAGCGCGUCAUCGGAACCUUGCUCGGGUCCAUCUCCCCGGACGGCACCGUAGAGAUUCGGAACUCGUACGCCGUGCCGCACAGCGAGCAAGCUGAUCAGGUUGCAGUGGACAUUGAUUAUCACCGCACUAUGUUCGAACUGCACCAGCGCGUUAAUCACAAAGAAAUUAUCGUUGGUUGGUACUCAACAGGUUCUAGUUUGAGCCCCAGUGACACUCUUAUUCACGACUUCUAUGGUAGAGAAGUAGCCAACCCUGUGCUACUCACUGUGGAUACUGCCUUUGCCGAGGAGAAGGUCAACAUUAAGGUCUUCGUAUCUACUCUUCUUACCCUUGGAGAACGCCAGCUUGCUGCCCAAUUUCACGAGGUCCAGCUUGACCUGCGCCUGAUUGAGGCUGAGAGAAUAGGGUUUGAUGUCCUGAAGAAGACAAUGGUGGAGAAGUUGCCGAAUGAUCUAGAAGGAUUGGAAGCGACCAUUGAAAGGCUGCAAGAUAUGAUUGAUAGAGUUUUCAGAUAUGUGGACGAUGUUGUGGAAGGGCAAGUUCAACCUGAUAACUCUGUAGGCAGGUUCCUUGCUGAUACAAUGGCGUCAGUUCCAAGAAUUUCGUCUGAUGCUUUUGACAAGCUCUUUAACGACAGCGUUCAGGAUCUUUUGUUGGUGUUGUACCUGGCAAAUCUUACCAAAACUCAACUUAUAUUGGCAGAGAAGCUUAAUACAGCCGCUCAGAUAGUGUAGGUUCGGAAAAGCACACAAGGAGGUAGUUCUAUCAUGAACAUCGUGUUCAGCAUUUUAGACUUCAUGCAGUCAACUGUGCAAAUCAUUCGAAAGUUCACAACCAACUGUGGUUGUGAGUUUUUAUUUCAUUUCAGUGUUUCAGUACAUGAAGUAUUACAGAAGUGUUAAUACAGUUUCAGCCUGAGAAUCAUUUCAUUGUAUCAGAAAAGCAGUUUUCUCAA